UGACGUGUUUUAUACCUAUAAUGAAUAAUGUUGUGAAGAAUGCGAGUGUUUGGAGUCGAGGGAAUGUGUGUGUUUGUGUAUCGUGUUGAGUUUAAUCGUGGAGUGUUAGCGCAGCAUCUGAACUCACUGCUAUAAUGUAGAGAUCAGUGACGUGUACCCACUGCAAACUUAGCUUUGUAUGUUAUUGUUUACUUUUAAAGAGACCAUUAUUGUGUCAUUGUUUACUCGUGUCGUACACCCACUUUUUGAUAUUUGGAAACAAAGUGGUGAUGUUUUGAAAUGUGGUGUUUUUUUGUUGUUACAAUGGAUGUAAAUGGGGACCUCUUCUCAAACUUCAAAAGGACACAAAUACUUAACAAAAUACCUCCACACGACCCAUGCCGUCUAUUUCAGAUGCCCUAAAGAUAUACAAAUGGGUUUUGUCUAGAAAAAUAAGAGUUUUUGAUCAUAUGCAUUCACGAAAGUGUCUUGUUGCCAUAACAACCGGGAUGCGUCAGCAGAAAAGAAUGAUAAUAAUAACAAGAAAAAAACAUAAAUGAAUUAUAUUUUAAUUAAAACUAAAAUAGCGGAUUAUGAUUUUUUUUCCUACACCAAAAUCGUUUGUUCAGUUCAUUUACAAAGUUUGGGCGCUUUUGAGGCUUGAGAAGAUGAUCCCUCCCAUUGUAACCCAAAACAAGAUAAAAAAGCCAUCAAGGUAUUGAACAACAUGAGGAUGAGUAAGUAAUGACAUAUUGUUUGUGUGUACAAGGUCAAUGCAUAAUUUUACGGAGGUUGCUUAAAUAAUAUGACAUUAGAAGAACUAUGUUGUUUGCAAACUUUCGAGAUGAUGCACCCACUCACCUUUAAAUUGCAUGUGUGACCUCAGUGUGAAUUAUACCAUGAGAAAUGCAAACCUCAGAUUAACCGAAUAUAAAAGAUGUGCUGUGACAUUGCACAAGUAUUUUAUAUCAUUUUAUUCAAAAUUACCUUUUUUUAAAGUUAAUAAAUGCUACUAUUACUGCAACUAAUAAUAAUAAUAAUGCAUUUGUCACCAUAUUUUGUGAAGGUUUCUGUUUCUGAUGGUCAUACUGUAUUCAGAGGAGGUUGAAAUCAUUUUGAGGAAAGACACAGACAGCAGCAUGGAAGAUGAGAAUGAGAGACCUGCUGUUGCUCCCCCUGUGUUUGUGUUCCAAGCGGACAAAGGACAAAAAAGGUCUGCAGAAGAAUCGAGCUCAGAUGGAGAAGACUCCGAUAAAGAUGAUGGCAGUUACUCCCAUAUUGCAAAAAGAGAAAGAAUGUCACCGUACGCACAAUUCCCACGUGCAAAUUCAGUUCCUAAGAACAAUGUUUCAGUGCCGUCCAAAUUCUGUCGUUCACCAACCCCAAACUCUGACUCUGAACCUGAGGAGAAGACGGUGGGGUUUCACCUGAAGCCCGCAACGCUAAUCCACGGCCAGGCACCAAGUGCUGGUGUCCCCAGUCCUAAACCUAAAGAAGCCCAACGCAGCAUCCUCCGACCGUCCGUGCUGCAGCCCCCUCCGGCCAAAACCCCCCCUCAGAGCGAUCAGAUCAACAGCUCAAAUGGAUUGAAAGAGUCCUCUGAUGCAGGAUGUGACAGUACCACAGACCCGUCUUCUGAUGCUACGCAGGAUAACCAGCUAUCAUCUAUAAAAAGCAGCAAAGGGUUUGGUGACAAAACAAGCGACAAACAUGAAGGACAUAAUGAUCCAAUCGAAACCACUUUUAUAUUUGGACAAAAUAUGAAUGAAAGAGCCAAGGUGUGUAAACAUUCACCUGAGUGUUACGAUAAAGAUUGUCCUCCAGCUGACAAUUCUGAGGAAACAAACUACUUCUUGCAGUACAUCACAUGCAGCACGCAGAAAGCUGACGAUAGCCGUGCCAAAAGUGCAAAAUUCGUUUUUGGCCAGAACAUGUCGGAUCGUGUGUUGGCAAUGCCAAAAAUCAGCACAGAACCUGCAGGGGGCAGCAGAGAGACGGCAGAAACAGCCGUCGGCCUAUUCGGACAGAUUCAGCAAGAUGAGACUCAGGAGAAGGGUGAAAACACGAAAGAGUCUCUGGAGGAGUCCGCAGCACGCCACGAAGCGCACAAACCCCAGAAGUGUUUGUUAGAGCGAGUGCAGGUGCAGACGGGAGAGGAGUCUGAGAGUAAUGUGCUACAGAUGCAGUGUAAAUUGUUUGUGUUUGAGAUUAUCUCUCAGUCGUGGGUGGAGAGAGGAUGUGGCGUUCUCCGACUGAAUGAUAUGGCAUCCGCUGAUUAUGGCACCCUGCAGUCCAGAUUGGUCAUGCGGACUCAGGGAAGUCUUCGGGUGAUUCUUAACACAAAAAUCUGGCCUCAGAUGCAGCUGGAGAAAUCCAGCGAGAAGAGUAUCAGAAUAACCGCCAUGGACACUGAGGAGCAGGGCGUCAAAGUCUUCCUCAUAUCUUCCAGCUCUAAGGACGCUGCACAGCUGUUUGCAGCGUUACAUCAUCGUACCCUGGCCCUUCGGAACACCGGAGGGCAGGAGUCAGACGGACAGCCGGUUCUCCCUGAAGGUGAGGUCGUCCGCUUCAGUGAUGAUGAUGAGCCUCGCACGACCCCUGCUGCUUCUACACCUGCAUCAGGUAAUCCAGAGGCAGGUGUGUGUCCAGUUACAGGGGACACAAAGUGCUAAAUCUGCUGCUAGUCUCUAUCCCACAAUGCCGCACUGCAACCCUUACAAAAAAGAUAACUAUGCAGGUGAAUCUUUCCAAGCUCCUGCGACUGUACUGUACUCAUAUCAUUAUUAUUUUCUUUUAUUUAUUGAUUUUUUAACAGCAAAAAAAAACAUUUAAAGACUUUACACAUAAAACUCUCUCUGCAUCAUCAUAUUGAUGAGAACACAAGACUCUUAGUGUUUAAUUUAACGGGCACAUUGUAAUUCCAAACGUGAACAGUUUCUUUCACAUACUGUGUGUGUGCGUUUUGAUCUUGGUCUGAGUGGAAACAGGAGGGAGAGGAGAUGUUUAUUUUCACUCUUUUGCUCACUUCCACCUGCAUCAGUGAAAUCAUCCCUCACUUCUCAGAAUGACCUCAGUUAAAUGAUGGUAUGUAAGAGGCAUUCCUCUGCAGCUUUAACAGUUACAGAUUAAAACAGAGCAGGCGUCCAUGCACUUAUCUCCAGCUAAAUACACUAAAUUCAGAAGCUGUGAUUUGAGGUAGACCUUAUUUAUUUUGUUUUUGUAACAUCAAAUUACCCAUUUUUUGUCAUGAUGGUGUAAUUGCUGGUUAUAUGAAGAGUAAACCUCACCUCUCAAACACAUGGAACUGUUGUAUAAAUACUACUGUAAACACGGUAAAUGCAAUAGUACUAUUUCCCACACAGUAUAUUUUUAUGAACAUGUCCUGUAUAUUAAGAGUUAGUAUUGUAUAUACGUUUAGCAUACAAAGUUUUAUAGUAAAAUGACUUAUUAUAGACGUGAAUUAUUAAUCAUUAUUAUAGUUAUUAGAAUGGGUUCUUUAUUGUCUGUUACUGUAGCAUUACUGAUGUUUUGUGUAUGGAAAUGCAGUGUUUUUCACCCUAAAUAAUUUGUUUACUGUGAAGCUUUUGUCAGUCCAUGAGAAAAAAUAUGAUUGGUCUCUCUUUAAAAACAUGAGGUUUGCAAGCUUUUCCUGUUUCUUAAACAAUAUUAUCAAAAUAUUGUUUAGAAAAGGUAAUAUAAAUGUCAAGAGAUGCCCAGAUCAAAUUUUAACCAAAGCCUAAAGAAAAACAUAUUAAUAAAUGAUUAAUUAAAAUAAUGUGUUAAUACUAAAAAUAACAUUUCAUAAAUGAUAUGAAGCCUGUUUAGAAUCUUUAACAUUUUGUCUUAGAUGCUUACUGUAAUCUAAAGAUGAAUUAAAAAUCAUUACUAUUGAAAUAUUAAUAUUUGUUUAGAUAAGUUACUGAGAAAUAUGUUUUGGGAAUGAUAAUUUUUUGGGUUUUAUUGAAAUCAACCCUACAAUGCAAACAUCAAAAUAUAUGCUUCAUUUUCUUGUAUAGUUUCAUAUUUCUUUUGACUUUGGGUAAAUAUGACCUGGAAGUGUCUUUUUUGCAGUUGAACUAUAAUACUGUUUCUAGAAUAAACCGGUUUUAUCUUCAGUUAUCAAAGGGGAUAGUGAAUCAGACAUGAUUUGUGAGGCACGUUACUGCCAAACAAAUACACAAACUUGUGACUCUCACACAGUGUAUUUGAACAAGGGCUUUCCUCCAAUCUGCUGCUAAACACCAUAUCCAUCAUACACUGCCAUCUGUAGCAAAUUAUAUUGUCGUGAAAAUAACCAACGACACAACGCUACAUGUAAAUGUUUGCUUCCACACAUUUUGAAAUGUGUUUAAAGCAGUUAUAUUUCUCCAUCCUGCCAGUCAUGUAGAUAUAGGAACCCUUUGUAAAGUUUAAGGGCGUUUGACAAUGUAAAGAACACCGUACUAAAGAGUUUCAAUGAAUCCUGCGGUCUAAAGGUGUUUAAUUCAGUAGUAGUUUUAUAAUAGGAUACUGUUUUGAAAUGAUAUUGAUGUGAAUACAUAUGUUUAAAAUAAGAAUUACGUAGAUAUGUUGGUCACAACGCUACAUAGGCCUUUGUUACAAAUUUAGCAAGAAGGAUUUAGGUUUGAAUGCUAAACAGUAUUGUUUUGUUUGCAGAGUUUGUCGUGUUUGUUUAUAACAUCUAUAGCACUUCAUUGUUGUUGUUUUUUGUGGUACUUUUUGUCCACUUAACACAUUUGUUCCACAGAUCAAUGUACAUUUCCAUAAAGAGUUUCUAAAUGAGAUGUUUCCCAUCAAUAUGAAGCAUGAAAACUAGAAGGUUUACAUGGUUUACAGGUUUGUUUCUUUUUGGCUUUUUGGCUCGUUUGUGUAAACCUAGGCUAUUUUUGUUCUGAUACUACUCAAUUGUACAGCUCCUGUGGUUUUAAUGUCAUUUCACUGUGGUGAAAAUGUUGAGAUGGGAUUUAAAAGGUUUCGGGCUGUUGACUUCACUGGAAUAAUUGUUUUUUUUCAAUAGUGUUUUGUUUCUCACUAUUAUUUUUUGGUUUCAGAUGAUUGUUAAGAUGUUUUCCGCAGACCAUUAUAAACCCAAUUAUAUGCAUAAAAAUCGUGCUUUCUCAUUCCUCAUUGUUCCUCCUCUCAGAUGACUGUUCAUAUUUACAGUUGAAAAGGAUCAGAACACAGUUAUUUUGACACUGAAAAUUGCUGCUUUAAAAGUCACAUCAUUCUGCGAUGUGGAAACCUGUACAGCCUUCAUAUUUAACUUUUUAUAAAGUUGUUCCACCUUUGCCCACA